AUGCAUGUCAAUGUAAAGGAACACAGAUACAAGCAUGUAAAUGUAAAGGAACACAGACACAAGCACGGAAAUGUAAAGGAACACAGACACAAGCACGUAAAUGUAAAGGAACACAGACACAGGCAUGUAAAUGUAAAGGAACACAGACACAAGCAUGUAAAUGUAAAGGAACACCAACACAAGCAUGUAAAUGUAAAGGAACAAAGACACAAGCAUGUAAAUGUAAAGGAACACAGACACAAGCACGUAAAUGUAAAGGAACACAGACACAAGCAUUCAAAUGUAAAGGAACACAGACACAAGCAUGCAAAUGUAAAAGAACACAGACACAUAAAUGUAAAGGAACACAGACACAAGCAUGCAAAUGUAAAGGAAUACAGACACAGGCAGAUAAAUGUAAAGGAACACAGACACAGGCAUGUAAAUGUAAAGGAACACAGACACAAGCACAUAAAUGUAAUGGAACACAGACACAAGCACGUAAAUGUAAAGGAAUGCAGACACAAGCAUGUAAAUGUAAAGGAACACAGACACAAGCAUGUAAAUGUAAACAAACACAGACACAGGCACAUAAAUGUAAAGGAACACAGACACAAGCAUGUAAAUGUAAAGGAACACAGACCCAAACAUGUAAAUGUAAAGGAACACAGACACAAGCACAUAAAUGUAAAGGAACACAGACAUAAGCAUGUAAAUGUAAAAGAACACAGACACUGGCACAUAAAUGUAAAGGAACACAGACACAAGCAUGUAAAUGUAAAGGAACACAGACACAAACAUGUAAAUGUAAAGGAACACAGACACAAGCACAUAAAUGUAAAGGAACACAGACACAAGCAUGUAAAUGUAAAAGAACACAGGCACAUACAUUUAAUGGAACACAGACACAAGCAUGUAAAUAUAAAGGAACACAGACACAAGCAUGUAAUUGUAAAGGAACACAGACACAAGCAUGUAAAUGUAAAGGAACACAGACACAGGCAUGUAAAUGUAUAG